UUGCUGGCUACUGGUAUGCCUUUUCCUGCGCAAAGAAGCUGGGGCAAGAUGAUGGGCAGUGGCGUGCCCUCGGCAAGAAUGUGCCAAUGACCUUCAAGUACUUCCCAAAUGAGGAGGCCAGGUUUGCGGCAGCAACCGAGCAGCUUGACACCAUGGAGAACCUGCGUGAGUAUUUCGGCUUGGACAUGACCCGCUUGAUUGCAGUUGUGAUAAAGGCAGCCAAGAUUGUGCAGAGCUCCACCACAACAACUGGGAAGGUGCAGAAUGCUGACAUCAGUGCUUGGUUGCAGCAAAACAUCAAGUGGACGGACCCCAAAAGGUGUCCAUCGGCCAACACCGUGGGACAACUAUUGGGAAUUGGCGAGAGCUUAAAUGCUGCCCCGCGUGCCAAGGCCACCACGCAGGCAAUCAGAGCCAGCUUCGGCCGAGAUACUCUUUUCGACCAACACAGCAAGGUAUUGGUCUUAUGCCAGCGUAGUCUUUGCCCGGCGGAACUGGAGUUUGUCACAGAGUUCCUGGGCAUGAAGAUGCUGCGCGGGGCCGAAAACGUAUCGGCAAGUGAGCUGAAGUCAAAGGCUGGCGAUGUCUCUUUUGCUCUGUUUGCCAAGCGAUAUGGCGAUUUCUUGUUGACACAGCUGAAGGCGUGGAUCUCAGACCAUCCUCGAGGUGAGCUCAUUUUCAGAAGCCCGUGGGCCUUCCACAAGGAGUUCCCAUUGUCCGAGGUGGCAGACCUUUCUUGGAUGAGUGGCGUGCCAAGACCUUUGUCACUGGCGGUGGCACACUUCCGGCAGGUUCUGGCAGGAAACUUCAACCAGGAAAUCAAGGGCUUGUUGGCAAGCCCACCAGCUGGUGGGGCGUCUCCCAUCCACGCCAAAAGCUUGAACAAGAUCAAAGACUUUUGGACAGAGUUCGAGUUGAAGCUUGAAGGAUCCACGGCCAGUGAGUCCAAGGCCGUGGCCGAGGACAUGAAGGUUCCCGAGUCCACGGAAAAGAUCACCGAAGAUGAUUCCCUGGGCAAGCUGAAGUCGGAUAGACAGAACAGCGUCCGAGAUGCUUUCCCAGCAGCUGGUGGUGUUGCGCAAGAGAUAUGCAAGAACUCCUCCCAGUCCUUUGCUGCUGUUUACGACCCAAAGUGUGCAGCAAUUGCCAAGACCUAUGCGCACCAGUCGAAGUUUCAGCGGCUGCCGGUCCUGCAGGAAGGUGACUUCAAGGAGUUUACCAAGGCCAUGAACGACUUGAGACCUA